CAAGAGAACGGCACUAAAUUACAGCAGGUCACCAUUUUGCAGAGAGAGGUGGUUAGCUGUUAACUUGGUGUGAGCUGUUCCGGUCUGUAGUCUGCAAAGAGUGUUUCGCAAUGUUGGACCUCCUGCCUUUCUCCCCCACCUGGGUGCUGGUAGGACUGUGUGUGGUGUUGGUUUACCUGUACAUGGUGUGGCCUUACUCCACCUUCAAGAAGCUGGGAAUCCCAAACCCGAAGCCUUACCCGCUGUUUGGAAACUACCUGGAAUAUGGGAAGGGAGCCAACCUGUUCGACAAGGAAUGCUACGAGAAGUACAACAAAGUCUAUGGGUACUUCGAAGGCAGGACACCAAACCUGAUGGUCGGUGACCUGGAGCUCAUCAAGGAAAUCACGGUGAAGGAGAUCAACAAGUUCACCAACCGAAGGACUUUUGACGGUCAAGGGGAUAUCUUUGACAAUGCUCUGACCAGCUUAAAGGACACGGACUGGAAAAGGGUCCGGAGUGCCAUCACCCCUACCUUCAGCUCCGGGAAGCUCAAACAGAUGGCGGCGCAGGUCGAGCGAUGCGCGGAUGGGCUAGUGGCGAACCUGGCGGAGAAUCAAAAGACGGGGAUGGAGUUUGACAUGAAGCGUCUUGCCGGUGCCUUCACCAUGGACGUGAUCUCCAGUACUGGAUUCGGAGUGGAUGUCGACUCCCUGCACAACCCGGACCAUCCUCUGGUCACCAGCGCCAAGUCGUUUUUCGAGUUCAACUUCUACAACCCUAUGAUCAUCAUACUAUUCUUAUUCCCGUCGCUUGGCGGGAUCCUGGAACGGCUGGGGUUUACCUUCUUCUCGAAGAAGGCUUUGAACUACUUCAGCGAGGCGGUGGACACGGCCGUCAGCAUGAGAGGGAGCGAGCCGAAUGGGACGAGACCAGUGGACCUCCUUCAGCUGUUGCUACAAGCUCACAACGAAGAACUGGACAAGAAGGUACCCAACGACGCCGCGAAGCACGGGAUCUCCUCUAUUGAGAUCAAAGGGAACGCCAUCAUCAUGUGGGUUGCCGGGUACGAGACUACAGCCAACACCCUGUCCCUCACAACCUACAACCUGGCCCUGCACCCGGAGGUGCAGGAGAAAGUCCACGCGGAGAUUGCUGCUCUGCUGGAGAAACGCGAGAAGCUGGACUACGAGGCUGUCAACGACCUGCCUUACCUGGACAUGUGUAUCAGCGAGACCCUGAGGAUGUACCCUGCCGCACAGAGGUUUGACCGCAUUUGCAAGGAGGAUACGGAGGUGAAGGGUCUACACAUCCCGGCCGGCAUGAUCGUGAAUAUUCCCGUCUAUGCGAUCCACUAUGACGCAGAACUCUGGCCCGAACCCGAGAAGUUCAAACCUGAGAGGUUCACCAAGGAGGAGAAGGAGUCACGUGACCCGUACGCCUACCUCCCGUUCGGCUCCGGACCCAGGAACUGUGUGGGCAUGCGCCUCGCUCAACUGGAGCUCAAGUUUGCUCUGGCCAAAAUGCUGCAGAAGUUUCGUUUCGUUACCUGCGACAAG